GGCGCUUCUUCCCCUGGCGGAGUGGUGCAAACUGAAGGAGUGGAGUACUGCGGCAGAACCGCGGAGGAGAUUCGGGACGUAACCGUUUGGUGCGUUUAGUUUCAGGUCUUUGAGUACCGGAGAGCAGAGGAAGCUAGCCGUUCCCCCUCCCCGCGUGAUGCUCCGCUUGAGACCGACGCAUUUGAUUUGAAAGACGCCUCGCGAGGAGAUAGAUUAGCCUAACUUCUCUGAAAGGAGAGGCACUUUAGUCUAAAUUCAACUCGAGUGGCUGACACCUCUCAAGCCGUGCAUCACCUGAAAGGAGCAAAGUGACUGCGCCAACAUGGGGUAUGGAAGGUCAGACAGUUACCGCGUUGCCACCACACAGGACAAAGAUAAGCGAUCCCCCAAGAAGAAGUUGAAGGGGGGCAGGGACAUGGAUGACCUGAAGAAAGAAGUGCCCAUAACGGAACAUAAAAUGUCUAUUGAGGAAAUAUGCAGGAAGUUCCAGACAGACAUUGUCCAGGGUCUGACCAAUGCAAAGGCAGCAGAGUUUCUGAUCAGGGAUGGCCCUAACGCUCUUACUCCACCUCCCACCACCCCAGAGUGGGUCAAGUUCUGUCGCCAGCUGUUUGGUGGGUUCUCCAUCUUGCUGUGGACUGGCGCCAUUCUCUGCUUUCUGGCCUAUGCCAUCCAAGCUGCGACAGAGGACGACCCUGCUGGAGAUAAUCUGUACCUUGGAAUUGUGUUGACAGCUGUCGUCGUCAUCACUGGUUGCUUUUCAUACUUCCAAGAGGCCAAAAGCUCCAAAAUCAUGGAGUCCUUCAAGAACAUGGUUCCCCAGCAAGCAUUGGUGAUCCGUGAAGGUGAGAAGGUGCAGAUCAACGCUGAAGAAGUGGUGGCCGGAGAUCUGAUUGAAGUGAAGGGUGGAGACCGAAUCCCCGCUGACAUCAGGGUCGUUUCAGCUCAUGGCUGCAAGGUGGAUAAUUCCUCCUUGACAGGAGAGUCAGAGCCUCAAAGCAGGUCACCCGACUGUACCCAUGACAACCCCUUGGAAACCCGAAAUGUUGCUUUCUUUUCCACCAACUGUGUUGAAGGCACGGCCCGUGGUAUUGUCAUCUACACCGGAGACCGCACAGUCAUGGGUCGCAUCGCUACUCUUGCUUCUGGACUGGAUACGGGCAAAACCCCCAUUGCCAAGGAGAUCGAGCACUUCAUCCACAUCAUCACUGGAGUGGCCGUCUUCCUGGGAGUCACCUUUUUCAUCCUGGCCAUUAUCUUGGGUUACACCUGGCUGGAGGCCGUCAUCUUCCUUAUUGGAAUCAUUGUCGCUAAUGUGCCUGAGGGACUGCUGGCCACCGUCACUGUUUGUCUGACUCUGACUGCCAAGCGUAUGGCCAAAAAGAACUGCCUGGUAAAAAACCUGGAGGCUGUGGAAACCCUGGGCUCCACCUCCACCAUCUGCUCUGACAAGACAGGCACCCUGACCCAGAACAGGAUGACUGUGGCCCACAUGUGGUUUGACAACCAGAUCCACGAGGCCGACACCACCGAGGAUCAGUCAGGUGCCUCUUUCGACAAGAGCUCCUUGACAUGGCAGGCCCUUUCUCGUAUUGCUGCUCUGUGUAACCGGGCCCAGUUCAAAGCAGGCCAGGACUCCAUUACCAUCCUGAAACGAGAUGUUGCCGGCGAUGCCUCCGAGUCGGCCCUGCUCAAGUGUAUUGAGCUGUCCUGCGGCUCAGUCAGAGCAAUGAGAGAUAGGAACAAGAAAGUAGCUGAGAUCCCUUUUAAUUCUACUAACAAAUACCAGCUAUCAGUGCAUGAAACAGAGGAUCCCAAUGAUAACCGCUACCUGCUGGUGAUGAAGGGAGCCCCUGAGAGGAUCCUGGACCGCUGUUCAACCAUAAUGCUGCAGGGCAAGGAGCAACCUAUGGACGAGGAGAUGAAAGAAGCUUUCAAUAAUGCAUACAUGGAGCUGGGAGGACUUGGAGAGAGAGUUCUGGGUUUCUGCCACAUUCUUCUGCCAGAGGACCAAUAUCCCAAAGGCUUUGCCUUUGACACGGACGACGUGAACUUCCAGACGAGCAACCUUUGCUUUGUUGGCCUCAUGUCCAUGAUUGACCCCCCUCGUGCUGCUGUGCCGGACGCUGUUGGGAAAUGCCGAUCUGCUGGCAUCAAGGUCAUCAUGGUCACAGGCGAUCACCCAAUCACAGCCAAGGCCAUCGCCAAGGGGGUGGGCAUCAUCUCAGAGGGCAACGAGACAGUGGAGGACAUUGCAGCUCGUCUUAACAUUCCCGUCAGCCAGGUUAACCCCAGGGAUGCCAAAGCCUGUGUGAUUCAUGGCACAGACUUAAAAGAUCUAUCCCAGGAUCAGAUAGACGACAUCCUGAGGAAUCACACAGAGAUCGUGUUUGCAAGAACCUCCCCGCAGCAGAAACUAAUCAUUGUGGAGGGAUGCCAGCGACAGGGAGCCAUUGUGGCUGUCACAGGUGAUGGUGUGAAUGACUCCCCCGCCCUAAAAAAGGCUGACAUCGGUGUUGCCAUGGGAAUUGCAGGCUCCGAUGUGUCCAAACAGGCCGCAGACAUGAUCUUAUUGGAUGACAACUUUGCUUCUAUUGUCACCGGAGUGGAAGAAGGACGUUUGAUAUUUGAUAACCUGAAGAAAUCCAUCGCCUACACUUUGACAAGCAACAUUCCAGAAAUCACUCCCUUCCUCUUCUUCAUCAUCGUGAACAUCCCUCUGCCUCUGGGAACCAUAACUAUCCUCUGUAUUGACUUGGGAACUGACAUGGUUCCAGCCAUCUCUUUGGCUUAUGAGGCAGCUGAGAGCGACAUCAUGAAGCGCCAGCCCAGGAACCCAUUCAGGGACAAGCUGGUGAACGAGAGACUUAUCAGCAUCGCUUAUGGACAAAUUGGUAUGAUUCAGGCUCUUGGGGGCUUCUUCACUUACUUUGUCAUCUUGGCUGAAAAUGGUUUCCUGCCCAGCCGACUAGUCGGCAUCAGGAUUGAUUGGGAUGACCGCGCCACAAAUGACCUGGAGGACAGCUAUGGCCAGCAGUGGACGUACGAACAAAGGAAGAUUGUGGAGUUUACAUGUCACACCGCCUUCUUUGUCAGUAUUGUAGUAGUGCAGUGGGCAGAUGUCAUCAUCUGCAAGACCAGACGUAACUCCGUGUUCCAACAGGGCAUGAAGAACAAAAUCUUGAUCUUCGGCCUGUUUGAAGAGACAGCCCUGGCUGCCUUCCUGUCCUACUGUCCAGGCAUGGAUGUGGCACUCAGGAUGUUUCCUCUAAAGCCUACCUGGUGGUUUUGUGCAGUACCCUAUAGUUUUCUCAUCUUUGUUUAUGAUGAAGUACGAAAGCUUCUCAUCCGCCGGAACCCAGGGGGUUGGGUGGAAAAGGAGACAUACUAUUGAUCAGCGGAGCCCCUUUGCUCCGCCCCCUUAUGUCUUCUACUCAUUGCCCCCUAAUGUCACUCCACCCUUGGCAAGACACAUCCUCAGAACCCCCUUCCCUUUAAAAACAAAAGCCGCUUUAAAGCAAUUUUCAUCACAACUGCCCCAAAGAUUAAAAACAGCAAAAGCACCUUUACAACUUUCUACAUCGACCUGCCCUUCUCUCCCAUCUCCUAUGAUACUCUUUGCAUGUGUUCUGUCACUGCUGUGUACUUAAACCAAUAUAUCUACCAAACGGCAGCUGCAUAUUGUAUAUGUAGAUUUGAAUGAGCUAAAGACACAAAGGGAGUGGUUAUGCUCUGCAAAAAAAGGCCAUCCAGCUCCUUCUCCUCCUUGUUUUGGAACCCUCAUGUCUCUGUAUACCUUUCUUUUCCCUCCCCGUUUCCCUCUUGCCAACUUUUCGCCAGUCCUCCAGUCACACGCCGUGUGAUCCCGCUGCGACACCACCAACUCUACUGCCACCUCUCGCCCCCUUCUCCUGUUUGAGGAGGACCAGCAGAGUGGUCAUCUCCCUGGCAUUCUCAUUGCAUUAAUUUCUUUCUCUUCUGUUCUCGACAGCCACAGUGUUAAUGUUUCAAAAUGGCGGGUAAGGGGGUUCAUUUUGAGUGUGAACCAUUGUCCUUGUUAUCAAUAAUUACAGUUCAGCCCUCUCCCAAGUUGGCAAAGACAACUCAAUCUUUCUGUGUGCUCUAGGAAAUCUAUAUAAUUCUAUACUGAAUUUAAAUGAAACAAUAAAAACGUGUUGGAAAAACAAUGCAACAGAGACAUUUAUGAAAGCCAUCAUCAAUGCUGGUGAGACAGAAAAAGGUGAAGAUAUUUGUUUCUCUUUUUUGUAUUUUGUUUGGUUAAGUAUUUUUUUUUUCUUGCUGGUUUCUCAGGAGGCUCAUCUGAAGUGUAACAACAAAGCAGGGUUUCAGGUUGUGUUUUUACUCAAAGGCUCCUGUUACUGCACGUGUGCAGGUAUGGAUGUGUCGAAGUGUGCUGUGAUGCGGUGACAAUGAGUCUACCAACCUGGGGUUUCGACUACCAGAUCAGAUCGGCGGCGACAGCAACCGGUCUGGCCCAGGUCUGCGUGCGUGUUUGUGUUGGGAGAGCAGUGAAGGGCCAGUGGUCUCAGCUGACUCCUCAGAUGGCUGAAAGGGUUGAGAUAUAAGGCAAAAAAAACAACAACAAGAAACACGACUAAUAAAAAAAUGUGUGUGUCAAAUAAAUGAAACCAACACCAAUAAAACAUCAAAAACAUUUAAUACAACCUAGA